CUUUUAUGGCUUAUUGGUUAUGAUAGUUGAGUUUUCGGGCUUCAAUUCUAAGUAUACCAACAAACCUGCUGUGUAAACUAUUUGUGAUUUCUAUGUCGUAUAAUCUUUCCGCAUUCAGAUGAUAAUUCGCGAAUUUGCUGUGAACAAAUUGACAUAAAUAUUAAUUUCAACUUUUUUUAUUCAUUUUUUUUUGUUUCCUUGCCAAUUUUGUUUCCACCUAUUUUUCUUGGAAAUCGUUUAGCGACCUGAAAAUCAAUAAGUCUAUUAGUGAAACUGAGAUUUGUCAAAAAGGCGGGCCAGACCUGACGUCUUUGGGUGUCACGGUAGACUAUAAAAAUGGUAGAGAUCCAUGUCUUUAGUCAGAACAACCAAACAACUCGCGAUGUCAAGUUCAAGAUUAUUUUUUAUAUUAUUCGCAAUUGGUGCAGCCGAUCUUGCGGCGGCUAAAUGCAGGAAUCUACCAUUGAGACCAAUCGACUGGACGCGGUUUUCAGGUAUGUGGUAUAAUACCUUCAGUUACAAAGAUGAUCCAACACAAAUUGAAGGACUCUGCAACAGCAUGGUGGUCGUCGGUACAAAAGGAUACGAGGGAGUUGCUGUUGUUAGAAACGUUAUGCCAGGAACCGCUAAUAAUACGGAGGGAGAAGAACAUGUGCUGGCAAGCGUUCCAGAAUACUUCCGUAGUUUGGAUCCAGGUGUUUACCAGCUCGACCCUUUGUCGCAAAUAGAAUGGAUGAAUAUUCACGAAUUAGAAAAACUCAUGCCAAGAAAUAAGAUCACUUCUUUCAUGAACGCAAUUUCGAAGCAUUACACAAACCCAUUUCAAAUCACCGCGGGAGAAAACUUCUUCAUGAUUCACCAAUGCGAUUGCACCGAGGACAAAGACAUGGUUUGGAUAUACACGACGAAUCCUAAUCUGACAGAAGAGGAAACGAAGAGUGUCCGGGAACAUUUGGUUUCGAGGGGCAUUGAUGUGGAGCUGCAGAGCAAUGGAGCAUGCUUCGAUUCCUUGAAUUAUAUUUAUGAGAAAGCCAAUGGAAUUAAGAAAUAAUUUCUUGUAAUUUCCAAAAUAUUUAUCCAUAUGUUGACUUCAUGUGUUUACUUUUCACAAUCAUGACUGCUAAUUAUGCUCGAUGAGUUCUUUCAUUGUGAAUGAUCUUUAAACACAAAUGCUACUUUGGGAUGUCUUAUUUUCUACAAAAUAAAGACAUAUUAUA